AUGAAGAGGUGUAAUGAGACCAGUGUAUCUGAAUUCAUCCUCCUGGGGCUCCCCAUCAAGCCAGAGGAUCAAACCAGGUUCUAUGCCCUGUUCCUGGCCAUGUACCUGACCACAGUGCUGGGGAACCUGCUCAUUAUCCUGCUCAUCAGGCUGGACUCUCACCUCCACACCCCCAUGUACUUCUUCCUCAGCCACUUGGCCUUCACUGACAUCUCUUUCUCAUCAGUCACAGCUCCAAAGAUGCUGAUGAAUAUGCUGACACAGAGUCAAUCCAUCUCAUAUGCUGGAUGCAUUUCCCAGGAAUUUUUCUUAUUAUUUGGGGGCAUUGACAGUUUCCUUCUCACCUCAAUGGCCUAUGAUAGGUAUGUGGCAAUCUGUCACCCCCUCCACUACACUACAGUCAUGAAUCAGAGCCUCUGUUGGCUGCUGAUAAUUUUGUCCUGGGUCUUGUCUUCUGUCAGUGCCCUUGUGCACACCCUUCUCCUAUCCCAUCUCUCUUUCUUUGGAGACAACACUGUGCCUCACUUCUUCUGUGACCUCUCUGCCUUACUAAAGUUGUCUAGCUCUGAUACCACUACAAAUGAGUUGGUUAUCUUCCCUAUAGGAACAGUGGUCAUUACCCUACCAUUCAUAUGCAUUCUGGUCUCUUAUGGAUACAUUGGGGCCACCAUCCUGAAAACUCCCUCCAUCAAGGAUAUCUGCAAAGCAUUGUCCACAUGUGGUUCUCACCUCUCUGUGGUUUCUCUGUACUAUGGAGCAAUUAUUGGAUUAUAUCUUUUCCCCUUAUCUAAUAACAUUUAUGAGAAGGAUGUUAUUGUGUCUGUGUUGUACACUAUGGUCAUACCCAUGCUGAAUCCCUUUAUCUAUAGUCUGAGAAAUCGGGAUAUGAAAGGAGCUCUGAAAAAUGUAUUCAGUAGAAGAACAUUUUCUGUGUGA